GAGUUGGCAGCACCGCAACACAACGUGCCCAUUUGUUUGGCGUGGAUUUAUCAAAAUUAUCGCAAUAAUCCUGAAAUAUAAUGAACUUUAGGCGCUGAAGUGAACAGAAAGUACGGCAUGAGCAUCUAUCACGACGAGGUGGAGAUCGAGGACUUCGAGUACGACGAGGAGGAGGAGAUGUACUACUAUCCCUGUCCAUGCGGCGAUCGAUUUCAGAUCUCCAAGGAGGAGCUGAUCGAGGGCGAGGAGGUGGCCACCUGUCCCAGCUGCUCCCUAGUCAUCAAGGUCAUAUACGAUCCGGACAUGUUCAAAGCUGAGGAGGAUGAAGAAACUGCUCUGAACGAGAAGCUGAGCGACCUGAAGCUGGAGAAGAACUAGCACACAGUUUGGUGUAAUUAAAUAGUUUUUAUUUAUAUAUUUUUUAUAUAUAUAUAGACUUC